UGGCAUAGUAUCCGACACCAACCCCAAACCAAGUCCAACCAAACCAAAGCAGCAGCCAGUCACCCACCCACCACCGACUCUUCCCAUUUCCCUUUUCCAUCCCUUCUGCACUCCACUCUGUUUGCUGUGCGUCUCUCUCUCUCUCUCUCUCUUUCCAACCUCAACAUCAACACCAUGUCUUCCAUUUCCAAGCUCUCAAAUCCAAACCCUACUUAUUUGCCGACUUCGUUUAAUCCCAAAUCUUUCCUUCCUAAAUGUUUGAUCGACAUCAAUGCCAACAGCAGUGCUUUUACUAAAAGAGUUUCAUCAUCCAGGCUAUCUGUGUCUACUAAUCAUGCUUUCAGGGGUUCCUUGGUUGUCAGAUGUUCCCAACUUGACGGAAAUGGAAGCCAAAUCAAGAGAACAGUUCUUCAUGAUCUUUAUGAGAAAGAAGGGCAGAGUCCAUGGUAUGAUAACCUGUGUCGCCCUGUUACGGAUCUGCUUCCAUUGAUUUCUAGUGGUGUCAGAGGCGUAACCAGCAACCCAGCGAUUUUCCAGAAAGCAAUAUCAACAUCAAAUGCUUACAAUGAACAAUUCAGAGAACUUAUAGAAGCAGGAAAAGACAUUGAAAGUGCAUACUGGGAACUUGUGGUGAGGGAUAUUCAAGAUGCUUGCAAACUUUUUGAGCCAAUCUAUGAUCAAACAGAUGCAGGUGAUGGCUAUGUUUCUGUUGAAGUUUCUCCCCGACUUGCUGAUGAUACUGAAGGGACUGUUGAGGCUGCAAAAUGGCUUCAUAAAGUGGUUGAUCGUCCCAAUGUCUACAUAAAGAUUCCUGCUACAGCUGAAUGUAUUCCUUCAAUCAAGGAAGUUAUUUCACUUGGCAUAAGCGUCAAUGUUACUCUCAUAUUCUCCCUCGCUAGAUAUGAAGCGGUAAUUGAUGCUUACUUGGAUGGCCUUGAGGACUCUGGGCUAAAUGAUCUCUCCAGGGUUACAAGUGUUGCUUCCUUCUUCGUUAGUCGGGUAGACACACUUGCUGACAAAAUGCUUGAGAAGAUUGGAACACCAGAGGCCCUUGAUCUCCGAGGAAAGGCUGCGAAUGCUCAAGCAGCUUUGGCAUAUAAGCUCUACCAGAAGAAAUUCUCUGGUCCCAGAUGGGAGGCUCUGGUGAAGAAAGGUGCCAAGAAGCAGAGGCUAUUGUGGGCAUCCACCAGUGUCAAGAACCCCGCUUACCCUGACACUUUAUAUGUUGCCCCUCUCAUUGGACCCGACACAGUUUCAACCAUGCCUGACCAAGCACUCCAAGCAUUUAUUGACCAUGGGAUUGUGUCGAGGACAAUUGAUUCAAAUGUAUAUGAAGCUGAAGGCAUCUAUAAUGCCCUUGAGAAGUUGGGGAUAGAAUGGGGAUAUGUUGGUUCUCAGCUUGAAGUUGAGGGAGUGGAUUCUUUCAAGAAGAGCUUUGAGAGCCUGCUUGAUAGUCUUCAAGAGAAGGCAAACUCUCUUAAACUCGUUAGCCUGUAAGCAGUGUGGUUUCUGUUGCUAUUGUCAAGACAACUCAAUAAAAGAAAUUUCAGGGUUCUUUCUCCUGCUGUAGAGGUUGUUGAUAGUGUGUAUGCCAUGUAAGAGAAUAUUGAUGUAGCAUUAAUGAGUUUGAUAAAGCUUCUAUGCAAGUGAGAACUUCUGUUUA